AGAUUUUGCCUCAAGUAGCGGGUGCUCGCGACGCGUCGCGUUCGGGCGCCGCGAUGGACGCAGGGCUCCCCGGGGCGCCGCUCGCCCGCCAGGCGCACCGCCGCUCGGGAUCGGGCCGGCGCCUGGCCUGGCCCCGGGCGCUCGCGGCCAGGGCGGUGGCCGCCGCGGCUGCGGUGGCGCUGCUGGGCUCGGGCGCCGAGGCGGAGUUCGGCCUGCACGCGGCAGCCCUCCUCCCACGACGGCGUUCGGCGACGAAGGUGCUGGCCCAGUACAGCGGCUGGGAGGUCGUGCUGGAGACGGGCAAGGGCAAGGGCCCGCUCGCCGUGGUCCCCCGGGUGAAGUUCCGCCAGACGCCGCCGCCCCCGGUCCAGCUGGAGGGCCUCUCCGGGACGGCUGAGGGCGUCGCAGUUGCAAAGGAGCUGAAGGGCUUCCCCUUCACCACCCGAAACCAGGCCUCUGUCGCCGUCGGCUUCCCGCGCGUACGCACAAAGGUUGGCCUAUCCCUGGACCAGCCGCCCCAGAGCGCGGAGGAGACCGCCCUGCCGACGGGCGCCCUGUCGCUCGAGCAGCGCGUCGGCCCCGCGCGCGGCACGCUGCGGGUGCGCAGCACAGGCGACUGGGACGUCUCCGCAGACGCGGAGGUGGAGGAGCUCGGCGGCACCGUGCGGAGCACGCUGCGGUCGGACCUGGACUGGAGCAUGGCGCUUGAAAAGGGCUUCCACCUCGACAGAGGAGUCAACGCCGCCAUGACCUACGGCGCAACACAGGACGGCAUGUUCGUGAAGGGCCAGCUCGAUGGCUCAGCCACGCCCGUGAAGAAAAGGGACCUGAAGGCGCUCUACAGGCCUCUGCGAAAGGGCGGAGUGCUGCUGACUUCCAGGGGGGACAUGGCCCAGGUCGACCUGUCUUUCGCGGAGCUGUCUGUCGCGGUGCUGCCCGACGUCGAGGGCGAGGGGGCCGAGGCAGCUGCUGGCGCCUGGCAUCGCAAGCGCUACAGAUCCUGGGACGCGGUGUUGGACACCUUGCCCGCCCACGCUAGGAGGGCGGUCGGGCGCGCUGCGAGGAGGGAGUUCGUGGAGCCAGAGAGGCACCGCGCACUCGCUGGAGCCUUCAGCGACACCCGCUUGCACCUCGGAGAUCGGGUCGCAGACGAGCUGAAUGUGCACCCCAACACGUGGUCGCACAGCGCGGUGGUCAAGUUCGCUCUGGAGCGCAUCGGCUCCAACAGCUGCCACCACAUGCGGAACCUCGAGUUUGGUCGGUGGGCCAACAUGCUGACGGACAUCGCUCGAUACAUGCUGAGGGGCGCCGAGGGAAACCUGCAGUAUCUUGACCACUCGGCGGCAGUCAAGAAGGGCAUGAAGUGUAGGAAUGAUCGAGUCAGCAGACACGAGCAGGUCAUCUAUCCACCAUUCAUUCUUGCGAGCACCUCCGCGUCCGUCACGUACUCUGCGCUGGAUCGGUCAGAUUUUAACUUGGGGCGAGCCGUGGAGUUAACGGAGGUCGUCAAUUUCAUUAUCCUCGUCCUGGGCGCCGAUGGCGCAAUGAGUAAUAUUCGAUUGUUUGCGUGGAUGUUGUCCAAGGUGGUGGAGUGCAACUCGAGGGCGCGCAGGGAGGGAAGGGGUCUCUUGCUUCUGCUAAUGACGGUGUGCUUCAGCCACGUCCUGAACCGAUCGGUGGUGCUGACUUUCGGACACACCAAGAUCAUUCCUGCCAUUUACAACACAGCAUUCUGUUUCCGAUACACUCCUCGUCUGAACAAGCUCCUGCGCGCCAUCGAGAGGAAGAUCGCAGCCGAUCUCAUGGAGGGAGGCUUCGUUCUUGGAGAGCCAGACCCGAGUGACCAGCAGCACGCGAUGGCGAUCCUGAGCGCUGUUAUUUGCCGCCCGAUGCGGACGAGGGGCCGCGGGGCAUCUGCAGACCCCGCCCGAGAUGAAGACGUCCUGCGAGCGAGAUUGGACACCAUGAUGUCUUUAUUCAACGGGGACAUCCGUUCGAGGAGAGUUUCUCACGUGUGCGCCGGCUGCUGCGCCGGCGCGGGCGACUGCGCGUCGAAGAUGGCGGUGGCUGCCGUCACGGAGACGUUCGUCGAUUCGUUGUCCACGACUUUGCCAUCCACCUCCAAGUGGUACACGGCGGAGCCUGCGAUGAUCCCGCAGGUGGGCUUGACAUUGUUGUGCGGCAUUUUGCCCCAGUUGGCUGUCGGGACGAUCGAGCAGUUGGAUGAGAACGACGAAGAUGAGCUCAGACGAUCGUGUGCCAUGAAAGUCAACAAAGCCAAGAGUAGCCUCACGGACCCGCAGCACUGGCAGGACAUCACAGCGGCCUUCUGGGGAGCGGAGCCCGUGGAUAAGUUGGACGCAACACUUCAACAUCUCGAUGAAUCUGGCCAUGCGUUGGAAGACGCUGCCCGCGAAGAUGGGUGCGUCGCAGUUUGCCAGAAGGAGCUGUUCGACCGUGCAAUGUCGAGCCCUGGACUUAGUGUCUGUUCGCAGAGUGGGUCGUGGCUCGCAAAAUCCAUCAUCGUCCUUCGUCGUUCGGUGCUCGUCUGGUGGAAUGCCGAAUGGACCUCGCCAACAUUCGGCGAUGCGAUCAUGCGACCGCCGUGCGGCAUGGUCGCUGGUCGCACGAUUGCAUCGUCGACUCUUCGCCUGGUCGGCGGCAUUAGCACGAUCCAUCGUGGCCGCAAUUUUCAUAUGAUUAUUGCGGCUGCGGCAGGCAGCAAAAUUCGAGAUCGGCCAUCGAUGAGGCCGCAGCUGGCCGUGCCAUGCAGAUCAGGUCCUGGUACCUUCAUCCCGCUGUCGCGCCUGGUCCACCACUUUGCCCCUGAGCCUGGAGUCGACUGUGUUGUAUUUCAACGGGCAGCCUUCGUUCGGGUGAUGUCGAUCAGCGCUAUUGUCUGGUCGCGGGUUGUGAUCCCCAUGACUGAGCCCCCUCUGGUGUUCUCCAGGCUGUCUGACCCCAAAUGCUCUGAUUUGGAUCGCGGGGCCUUGUGGCACGACUUCUCGCGCCGUCCGAAAUGUUGCUUGGACUGGGGGUUUUCCCGGCCCAUGCGAGAGGCCAGCGUGGAUUUCGCCGCCUUCGAGGCUGCAGCAUGCGGCAUGAGUAGGCGAGCGGGCGCCACAAACAUGGGUCUGGAGCGCCUGCUGAACUUGAUUACCAAGUCGGCGCCAUCCCAAGUGAGACGCCCUGUCGCAGAGCGAGUCGUGUACGCGGGGGCCCUCACUCAGUUCCAGCAGAGGUAUCUCCAGGUGGGCUUCCAGGAUCGCCGGGGCCACGAGAAGCGGGCCGACCUUGUGCGGCGCGGGGUUCCUAUUGCGGCCACUGCGAAGUCGAGGUCGGCAGGCAGCGGCAGCAGGGUCCACGUCAGCUAUGGCAACAUGUUGUUGGCGCAAUGGCUGGCCGAUCACCCUGAGGCCACAGAGCGGGAGAUCAGAGAGCAGCAGUCGAAGUGCAUGUCUGCAUGGGGGAAGGUCUCGCUGCGCGAGCAGCUGCGGUUCUUGGCAGAGCGCGGCCCCUCGGACGCCGAGCGUGCACUUCCCCAGUCGGGGGCCCAUCGCGCCGCGGCAUCUGGUGACGAUAGCGAUCGACCGAUCAUCGCGAUUUGA